AUGGCUCCCAAGGUCGCUAUCGUCUACUACUCCACAUGGGGUCACAUCCUGAAAUUGGCCGAGGCCGAGAAGAAGGGCAUUGAGUCUGCCGGUGGUCAGGCCGAUAUCUUCCAGUUGACCCUCAGUGAUGAAGUCCUGGCCAAGAUGUACGCUCCUGCCAAGGCCAAUUACCCUGUUAUUGAGCCCUCUGAACUCCUUGCAUACGAUGCCGUUCUGUUCGGUAUCCCUACCCGUUACGGUAACUUCCCUGCCCAGUGGAAGACUUUCUGGGACAAGACCGGUGGCAUCUGGGCCUCCGGUGGCUACUGGGGCAAGUACGCUGGUCUCUUCGUCUCCACCGGUACCCAAGGUGGUGGCCAGGAGUCUACUGCUCUUGCUUCCAUGAGCACUCUCGCUCAUCACGGCUUCAUCUACGUUCCCCUCGGCUACAAGACUGUCUUCAGCCAACUCAGCAACCUCAACGAAGUCCACGGUGGUAGUGCCUGGGGUGCUGGUACCUUCGCUGGUGCCGAUGGUUCCCGCCAGCCCAGUGAGCUUGAGCUCGAGGUCGCCACUGCCCAGGGCAAGGCCUUCUACGAGACCAUCUCCAAGUCGAAGCCGGAGAGCUCGACCCCUGCAGCUGCGCCCGUUCAGGAGGCUGAGCAAGCUCCCCAGCAGCAGGGUUCUCAGGAGCCAGCCAAGAAAGAGAAAAGCAAUGAAGGGCCUUGCGGCCUGCCUAAGAAGUGUGUGAUUCAGUGA